AUACUCCUACCUUCCUUGCCCUUCUGUUCCUUCAUUGUAUUCAGCGAGGACUACAGCUUUGGGGAGACCCUGCCAUCUCUUUUCAUCUACUCAGUGUUUGGUGGACAACUCAGCAGGGACCUUCACCCUCCUGAUCCAGUGACCACUGGCACGUCAGCCUUGGAGGUAUAUACGCCGAAAGAAAUCUUCGUGGCAAAUGGGACACAAGGGAAGCUGACAUGCAAGUUCAAGUCUACUAACACGACCGGCACGUUGACCUCGGUCUCCUGGAGCUUCCAGCCAGAGGGGACCGACACCACCGUGUCGUUUUUCCACUACUCCCAAGGGCAAGUGUAUCCUGGGAAUUACCCACCGUUUAAGGACAGAAUCAGCUGGGCUGGAGACCUCGACAAGAAAGAUGCAUCAAUCAGCAUAGAAAAUAUGCAGUUUAUACACAACGGCACCUAUAUUUGUGACGUCAAAAACCCUCCUGACAUUGUUGCCCAGCCUGGACACAUUAGGCUAUAUGUCGUAGAGAAAGAGACCUUGCCCGUGUUUCCGGUUUGGGUGGUGGUGGGUAUAGUCACUGCCGUGGUCCUAGGUCUCACUCUCCUCAUCAGCAUGAUCCUGGCCGUGCUCUACAGAAGGAGAAACUCUAAACGGGACUAUACCGGGUGCAGCACGUCUGAGAGCGUGUCUCCGGUUAAGCAGGCCCCGCGGAAGCCCCCCUCCGACCCCGAGGGUCUAGCGAAGAGCCUGCCUGCCGCGUCCCACCAGGGCCCAGUCAUAUACGCGCAGUUAGACCACUCUGGUGGACAUCACAGCGACAGGAUUAACAAGUCAGAGUCUGUGGUGUACGCGGACAUCCGGAAAAAUUAAGAGAAGAUCUAGAACAUACCCUAAGCAAGAAACAAACGAAAUGGGACGCUUGUGCAGAAAAUGGAACCCAUAGCCACGUGUGGCCUUGGAGAGCCGGGCAAGGACCAACACAGUUUAUUCAUGGAAAGAGAAAAAGAUGUGUAUAAAGGAUGUGUAUAAAUAUUCUAUUUAAUCCGAUAUGGGGAGCCAAUGUUGCAUGACGAAAAGAUGGUAUGAUUCUACGGAUAUAUAAAUUGUCUUGCUGUUUUGUACUUUCUUUCAGCAUCCUUUCCAGUUGGGAAAAGUCAGAAACAUUCCUGUCGCUGUCAUUUAGGCGUGGUUUGCCUUCGUGGAGACGGUAGCAGAUCUUCCGUAUUUCAGUAGACCUGGCCCUUUUAUCUAAGGGCUUAACCAGUCGUAGCAUUGAUCGUGGUUGGAGUGGAGACACUGUGAUGGCAGCAUGCCCGGGGGGCCUCUAACCCAGUGUUAACCCCACCUCUUGGGCUCUAGGAUUUAGAAAACCUCCCUUAGCCAUACCACUUGAAGUUUGAGAAGUUUUUGUUGGUGUUUUUCCUCUCUCAAAUACAGGGCAGUUUUUUGCUUUAAAUGUUGUGAGACCGUGAGACCGACUUUAAUGUUAAAUCCUUUAUCGUAUCAGUUUGUGCAUUUGUCAUAGCAAGACCAGCAAAGGAUAAAUGCCAAGGUCACCUCUUUCUAGGUACGUUUAGAUCGAUAACAAAUACAUGACUGAAGUGGGAACCUAGGCCUUGCUGGAGGAGCACUGUACCAUUUGGAGAGUAAAAGGUACCACUUACGUUCAUUGCCCAAGUCCCUCCUGCUCAAAAUAAGGGUCCCCAUACAGCCAAAGGAGAGGAAUUUUAUUUCCUUUUAAGUAGGCACAAAUGGGAUCAGUAGAAGCCAGUCUAGCAUCCCAGAGCCGUCUCCAGAGAAUCAUACUUGUAAAAGCUUCCAUCAUGAUUCCGGCAAGAGGCGGCAUUGGUCAUGGUUCUGUAAUAGCUUCACGGUGCCUCAAAGGUAAAGAGAGUCUAGAUUUUUAAAUCAGCAGGUAGGGUUAUUAGCACUUCUACUCUGGAAGUUUCUUCUCUGUUACUGUUUUUGGAGUUUUGGGUGGGGUUUUUUUGGUUUUUCUUUUUUGUUUGUUUUUACUUUUUUCCCCCCCACUUUUUCCCAUUAUAUGGAAUUGAUAAACAAUGAGACGAGGAAGAAUUUGGGUAUCCUUUCUAAGAAUUCAUCUUCUUCCAUUGACUACCCUCCUUACCCCGUCUCAAGCCAAUGAGUUUAUCUUUUACUGGGAAUGAAAAAUGUGGCGAAGAUCAGCGAACCCUUCUUUUUAUUGUCAUUCCCCCCUUUUCCUGGAUUAUUUUGUUUUAACAGAAUUUCUUUUCCACUUAAAAUGAAGUGGAACACCCUGGUCGGGGUCAGGAUACCGGCCAGCGGGUCACAGAACACCUUCGGGUAAUGCUGGUUUUCCUGCCGUUGCGCCUGAGGCAUGCCCGGAGCAGCUCCCUUGGCCUCUCCGUCUUCUGUCCCCUUCGUGAGGGAAACUGAGGCCGAGUGUCUGCGUGCUCCCGGAGGGCCUUGGGUACAGAGGUAUGCGCGAGGUGAUAAUGCAGGAAGGGUCUAUGAGCUUUGACACUAAUCCCUGUCCGGCCGUGUGGCCUUGUAUUUCCCGAGGCCCCCCUUGCUGUGAUGGCCCCGGGGCUCACCCAAGAUGUUUCUGCAAGGCGGGCGACUUUGCCUUGCUCCCCAAAACUUCCCUGCAUCCGUUCCGAGAACUGCAGGAGGCUCCGAAGACCUGUGUGUGCGUGUGUGUUUGGGGGGGGGUUGCUGGGAUUGUCCCCCUUCUUCCAUCGGAUGCUGAGAUGACAACAUUCUUGGGGCGCUUUUGCCACCGUGAGACUUGGACAGCUGACCAGGACUGUUGUAAGGCAGAAAGUUCACCAAUUGUUGAGAGACCAAGUGCAUGCGAUGUUUCCUUGCAGUUGUUUGUUGCAGAGAAAAGGGGCCUCCUCCGUCCGUCCCCCCCCACCCCGCCGGGUCCUGUGAAUAAAGGAGACCCUCCUAAUACCUCCUGAGAGUGACAGUCCCGAUUGCUUGUGAAGCUGCCACCCCAGGGCACCAGCGCUGCGCCCCCUCUAGCGACUCCCACCGGCCUCCACCCCACCUCGCUGCCCCCCUGCUGCCUCCCCCCACCUCCUCCGCCAGCCAGCGUCAUUCUGGGACUGUGGGGCAGGCUUGGGUAGAGCACCUCAGCCUCGGGGCUUUCUCCUAAACUCCUCUGGGUUUUUGGCCCUUCGCCUUGGUUCCCAGCAUUGCGUGCCAGGCCCCAGAUGACAGCAGUGGGGUUGCCCUCAGCCCGCGGAGCUGCCCUUCCCAUGUCUAAUUAUUGGCAGAACGAGACCUUUUAACAUUCCGUGUGAUCAGGGACCACCCAGAAGGGAUCACUUCGAGGUGAAAAUCCCAGACCACCUGUAGGUUUUCAGUAGAAAUGUAUCCAGCUCGGGAAAAAGCAUCAAGUUCAUUAUUAUUUUUUGGUUUUUUCCUUCUUCAGAAUUGUACUUUUGUGAAUAUUUUAAUACAUCUUUUUCAAUUACCGAA